UGCUGGUGGAGCUAGCAGGUGCAGCCUUGUUUCUCUCUCUCACUUCCCUCCCUCUCUGUCUCUCUCUCCCUCUCGCUCUACCAGUGUGCACAUUCUGCUCAGUCCCUGCUUUUUUUUCUCUCUCUCAUUUGCACUCCCUCUCUCUCUCUCAGCAUCGGCAGCAGCAGGGCAGGGAAGCAGCUGUCUCCCUGAUUCGAAUACCAGAGCCACCGGUCUGCUGGAUCAGCAUCCUUGGCUAAAACCACAGGAGAGUCAGGCUGUAAAGCCGAAGAGUCUGUUGUGGAGAUCUCUAAUCAUCCUGAAGCAAUCCCUGGAGAGACAAAAACAGCAAAAACUGCAACAUAUCACAACAUUGACUGGAAGGCUGCCAUUCCUCAUAGAGGGACCUGAAGUAGAGGAGCGGGGAGAGGAGUGGUACAGGGUGGUUUUCAACGGCUCCCUCUCUCUUUCUACAUCUCCUUUACUGUCUUUUUCUGAGAGGAUCCUUAUCUUCUCUCUCUCUUCUCUUUUUCUCAGUACGCGAAUGUAGUUGGCGGAUAAGGGGCAGGUUUCUAGCUCUCUGCUGCAUUAACAGGCAGUGCACAGACACGGUGGGGCAGAGAGCGGACAGCUUGGGGAACCUGAGCUAUGGUAGGAGAGGAAGGGGACAACGCAUCGCAAACGACAGAAACACCCUUUACUGCCACCAUUCACCCAUCCUUUUCUCUCUCUAUCUCUAAGCUCCAGGCUUGUUUUUUCUCCUCGUUGCCAUCAAUGGAUUCUGUCUUUUUUCCCACUGGAGAAUAGCAAACAACUCAGUGCUGGGAGUUGGCUUGGUUUUGCUCCAAAACUGAAGAAAAAAGCAUAAAAAGAGAGUACCUUUGUGGAUGUUGUAGAGAGCGGGUGGUCUGAAGAGGGAGCAACAGCACACCAUCUCUCUUCUCUCUGACGGGAGGGACAGGUUUUUGUUUCUGGGGCUGAGAAGCUGACUCAGCUAAGGAGAGAUAGCUGCAGAAACCCAAGGAUCCUAUCUGCCUUGCCUACUUACUGUAGGUGAGGGAUUCAGAACAGCCCCUGUAAGUUUUUCUCAUCAGCAUCGAUAACCCAAACGCCCCAUCUUGGAAUAUUGACCGAGGGAAGGAGAAACGGUGUGAAAUAAAGAGGGCUAUUCUAUUCUCUUCUUCAUCUAUUUUGUCUGGAUCGUCCUCGGAGUUGGAAGUCUUGGUCGCUUUUGGGCAGGAUUUCAACUGGACUAAAGAUCAUUCCAAGUUCCAACGCGCCUACAUCGGCUUUUUCCACCUCUGUUGUGCAUCUCUGAGUGUGUCUGAGUGUGUUUGUUUGUACGUAUCUGUAUGUGUGUGUUACUGUGUGUGUGUGUAUGCGUUUGUGAGCAUCUUGUUAAACGUGUGUUUCCUUCUUGAUGUCCAGCAUUGUCGGCUGCCAUUCUGCCUCGUGCUGCCCAUGCCCGUCACGCGCCUGGCCCCAAGGUUAACCCUUGCUAAGCCGCGUGAAGGAUGAGCGAGAGCUCCGGAGCAGUCACAUCCGGGGCGGUGAUCCUGGAGGAGUGUCCAGAGGGGAGUGGGGAGCGAGAGCAGGUCCAAGCCCAAGAACCAGGGCGCCUGCGCUGUGGAGGCUGCACCCUGUGGCCCCGCCAGCAGACAUGGCUAUGUGUUGUCCCUCUACUCAUAGGCUUCAUUGGCUUGGGACUAAGCCUGAUGCUGCUCAAAUGGAUUGUGGUGGGCUCUGUUAGGGACUACGUGCCCACAGACCUGGUGGACGCCAAGGGUAUAGGACAGGACCCCAUGUUUCCCCCCCAUCUCUCCAAGCCCAGCGCCUUGCCCAAGAACUCAGACACCACCAGUACCACCACCACGACAACCAUUACUAUCGUGGCCAACCCCACCUCAACCACCGUCACGGCAGUGAGGGGCAGAACUCGAACUGUCGUCGCCAACCACCCUGGUGGCACCACUACUACAGCCAGGGUGGGUGGUGCAUCAGGCAGCCAGGUUACACCUCGCAGCACCACACAGCGCCAAGGCAACUCUGGGGGUGGAGGACCACAAGGCCCCCUUAUUACCACAACCACCGCCGCACCAGUCGCCGCCUCCACUUUUACCACCUCCAGCCCGAAACCUUCUAACCCCACUGUGCUGCACGACUCCACACAAAUGUGGACCCACGAGCACACCACGGAGAGGCCUGCCUCCACUCCCACAUGGACCCAUGUGAACCGAAAAACACCAUCACCCACCAUUCCUCCAUUGGUCUCAGAGCAUUUCAAGCAAUGUCACGAGAAGGACCUGGCCUACUGCUUGAACGAUGGAGAAUGCUUCGUCAUCGAGACGCUGAGUGGUCCACACAAACACUGCAGGUGUAGAGAAGGCUACCAGGGUAUACGCUGCGACCAGUUCCUGCCCAAGACCGACUCCAUCUUAUCUGAUCCAACAGAUCACUUGGGCAUUGAGUUUAUGGAGAGCAAGGAGGUGUACAAGAGACAAGUGCUGUCAAUCACCUGCAUCGCCGUGGGGAUAAGUGUUCUAGGCACGCUCUGUAUGGCUCUCUACUGUCGGAACAAGAGACGCAGGGAAAAACUCCAGGCCCACUUGAAAGAGAGUCGCAGCCUGAAGAACUACAGCGCCAAUGCCUCUGCCCUGGAGUCCAAACCCAGCCUGAGGCCUAACACGGGCCUGCAGCUGCAGAAUUAUUGUAAGAGGUCCUCCCAGCCACAUGAGGGAGCUGUCUGGGAGUCCAGCUUUGCCCAGUGCAACGCCACCCCUACCAACAACUCCAGAGGUCCAGGCAGAGAAAAACAUUACAGAAGCGGCUCCCUGUCUCACAGUCCAGACCAGAGAAGUAGAGCCACCCAUUGGUCAGUACCGCGUAGAACUCUGCCUAUACCCAGGGGAAGACUAAAUCCAAAUGGAGGAUCCAAACAUUCUGGCCCCGCCUACCAACACCUCCAGGAGUUGGAGUCGUCUGAGAGGGAGGUUGAAUCAUUGAGAGGGUGCCAGAUUGUGAGGGCCGGGAGCGAACCGCAACAGGAUGCCUUUCUAAAUAUGCAACCCCCCGUGUCGGUGGAGCAGUCGUGGGAGAGCAGGGUGAAGGUGCGCUGCUGUCCUCUGGACCAGGGCCUGGACCAUGACAUCUCCACUUCCACCUGGAGCCUCAGGCGUCCCAGAUGUCCAAGCCGCUCUUCCCCUCCUCCUUUCCGGACCUGCUCCAUCCCUAUCAUCCCCUCUGUCCAGGGCCACAAGGACGAGGUCUCCUGUUUGCAAACAGCUACUGGCUCAGCCACCUGCAGCACCAUGCCCAGUAAGGAAGUAGGAGGGCGCUCCCUCAUCAUCCUGCACCCCACCUCCACCUCCUGCUCCUCCUCUAUUGGGGGCCAGCAGCAGGACGAGGUGGCCCUUCUCCUAGAGGAGGCCCAGGAGCAUCUCAGGGCUCUUGCCCACAGGAAGCAGGAAGACAGCGUCGGCGCCGCCCCUCAGCUGCCCAGAGAGACUGUGUGCUUCCUGACACUCAAUGGUGGAGGAGCGGGGGGUUUGAGUCCUAAUGGACCCACUGAGACCCAGUUAAUGAGCCCUAGAGAACCUCACAGAGACUCAGCCCAGCCCUGCCAAUGAGACAACGAGGCCUGGGCCCUAGCUUCCUGUCUGGAUCUACAGUAAAACAACUGUGGUGUCUUGAAGUCAAGACUGUAGAGAGCUCUGCAUCAACGGGAUGAGAUUAAACUGAAUAGAGAAAAAUAAUAUCAUGGAAUAAACAAUGUGCAUACUGUAUGGAAGAAUGAACAGAGGGAUGGUCUAUGGAGUGAUGAAGAGAGAAAUUAUGUAUAUGCAUUUAUUUAAAUGAGAAGCUUCUUAGACAAAAGAAACCAAAUAGUCUGUCAUCUCCAUGGUGUUUUUAAUUGUAAAAAAAAUUAUAUAUAAAUAUAUAUGGAUAUAAAUAUAUGGAAUUAAAAAGGUGACCAAGUUCAGUUGAGGAAUACAGGAAUGAUGUACCGUCUUUCUUUUUUUGUAACAACUCCUCCACAUUUUUCAGGCUUGGAGCACGUUUGUGUGGACCCCAUGCACCCUUACCCCUUCUGUUUUGCUACCUGGUGUGAACCGAUGAUGCAGUUAAACAUGGCUGCCACAGCAACAGUAUCUACUGUAAAACAACCUCUCAAUUACCAUUGUGAGUCUACCCAGCCAAGGAUUAUAACAGUCCCCCUUGCCUUGGAUAUACCACAGCAGUAUAUUGAAGAACAAUUACAGAAUGAUAUAGAGAGACUUUUGCAGAUAAACUACCCCAGGUUGACCCUUUCACUGGCUUGGGACAGCAGGUUGAUAAGACAGGCGUGAUGCUAACACGGUUGGCUAGUUUGGUGUCUUAUUCCUUUUUUGUACGUGAGUGGAAUUCCUCCUCUGCUGACCAAGUCGUUUAGCAUGGGUGUUUUUUUCCCCUCUGUCUAACCCCACACAACUCUGAGUACACACACACACAUUCCCUCAGCACACAACGACGUGUACAGGUGUGUUGGGGGUACACAGCAGGGAUGGAGGGACCAAGGAUAAUAGGCCGGCGCAAGUGGAGGAGUUUCUGUUUUUUAGUUUCAGUUUGUUCGUGAUGAACAAUCAGCUGCUUUCUGGGGAAGGGGAGGGGGAGACUGGAGAGGGGGGUUGAAGAAAAAUGUGUUUGUGGUACCUGUGAAGUGGGUACUUCAAUUUCUGUUUUGAAUUUAGAACUAAAUGUUGGGGGGGAAAAGCAUAAUGGAGAUUUUGCUGAUUUUUAUUUAUUUUCUAUUUCAUUUUUAAUGGUUCUGCCCCCUACCCCUACCCCACCCAACCACUAACCCGUGAUAUUGUGCAUGCAGAUAAUAUUUGUUUUCAGAUUAACGCCAAUAUUCUCCUGUGAGUUGCUGAUUUCACUCACAAUGUUUGGAAUUUCACAAUCAAAUAACCUUUUAUCAGAGAUUUACAAGCAGACCAUAGAGGUGGCCAGGGCAUUGGUAGUUAGAUAAAGAGGUAAGGCUCCAUAUUGCCAACAACCCUUUCAGAGUUUUUUUUAAAUGAUCUCCACAAUGAGGUCAAUGUAGCAGUAAUAAUAACCAUUGGAGGUUUCCAGAUAAAAGCUAACUAUUUAUGUGUAGAACAUAUCCACUUGAUGCCUAACAUGCUAAAUGAAUCGUGCUGCAUGAUGUACUUCAUGCAUCAACGGCCAACAGUCACAUUUGGGUCGUCAGACAUCAAGUGGAAAUGUGCCAUUAUCUGUAAACGUCCAAAGCGUAUUACUUUACCUGAAACCAUUUUCAAUGCAUUUUCAACUGUUGGUCUUGGAAAUCAUACAUGCUUUCUGUACAUUCGCCCUGCUGAAUGGUUUUUGCAGUUAUGAAAACCAAUUUAAGUCGGGCAUCUCUCGUUUCCACUCUGAACAUCUGAACACCACAUUACAUUUGCCAGUAAUUGAACACUGUCUGCUACACUCCACGUACUUUCCGUUAACUUUAUCAGAGAAGAAGCAGUGAAAAGGGGUCAGCCAUAUGACCGCCUGUCUUGAAAUGAUUAACAAACUCAUUGACCUUUCCUGCAAAUGCCUCAAGACUAGGGUGAGACUAGGGUGAGACUUUCUAUAUUAGGUCCUCAUUUUUCCAGUUUCUGUCUAUACAUGUGUCUGAAUCUAUGUGAAGGGUUAUGCAUUUCUUUAUUUUUCAAAUCAGAUUGCUCAUUGGAGUGUGUGUAUAUGUGUGCUUGUGUGUGUGCGUGUGUGUUUGUACAUGCGUGCGUGUGUGUGUGUGUGUGCAUGGGUUUGUGUGUGCGUGACUAUUCACAUGCAUGUGGUUAUAUAAGUUAAUGCAGUGUAUACACAUGGGCCAAAACUGUAUGAGCAUGUCUUAGUAGGAGAUUUUGCUCAGUUGGACAGUGGACAGACAGCAGUGGAGAGGUUAGCUGGUUGAUGGCAGGGUUAGACCAUUACAGGCCAGACAGAUAAGAGACCAGCUUGAUCCACAAAGACCUCUGACUGCCAGGGAAAGAAACCCCAUCAGAGCGUGGCAGUGUCUACUCUCCCCACAAAUGGCUGGAGCAGUUUACAGCCAAUGCAGUGAUGCAGAGCCUUUUAUCCUCUACCCUGAUAAAUGCAGGGUUGUAAUCAGAGUUUGUUGUGAGAGUUUGGGGGAAUUAUACGUUGUCAGGUUUGUUUUUCUGAGACAAAUCCAGUUUGGGUUGUGUGGGGGGGGGGGGGGGUCCAAGCAUUCCAAGGUGAAAUCUCACAGCAGGAAAAUAAUUCAGCACUGUUCAUUUCCAUUUGAAAAGGUCUGUGUUUCUUAGUCUGAAGUUUAUUCGGUGCUGUGCGUUGAGGCAGAAGAAAAAGUUAAUCCCUGGUGACGAUUCUGAGCCAGUGGAUGUGUAAACCUCUCUGUAAAGCUGAUCUGCCUUCAUAGAGGGUGACGGGGCAAGGAAAGAAACAAUCCACCAUGGCUCGUUCUUGUACUUUUACCUAGUGUGUGUGUGUGUGUGUGUGUGUGUGUGUGUGUGUGUGUGUGUGUGUGUGUGUGUGUGUGUGUGUGUGUGUGUGUGUGUGUGUGUGUGUGUGUGUGUGUGUGUGUGUGUGUGUGAUGCAAUAGCAAUGCUCAUCAGGCACAGUGUACCAAUGUGUUAAUUACUGGUGCUGAAAUUCAUCUUCAGUCAAAAGAUGUUCUGAUUACUCAAGUAUUCAUCCAGAGAUGUCUAGGUCACACUUCAUUUUGGAUUGAGUAUUGCCUCUCAAAUAUGAAGGUUUGAAGGAGUUCAAAAGGUAAGGGUGUUGAAUGACCAAUCAACAAAACAGCGUUACAUCAAUUGUAAUAAAAAUAUUCAGGACAGAGCUAUAUUUCAGAUGAGCAUGGGAUUAUACCUAGAUUCAUUUCUAAUGUCAGGCCAGGUUUGAUAACCUUGAUGUCAGCCAAGUGUCAUUCACAUAAUACUACAGAUAAUUGAGCCGAUAGUCUUUUCAUGGUUAUACAUAGCUAUGUGACAAGUGGUUGUUACAUAGUUGUUAUACAAUGGUAACACAAAAUGGCCAUGCAAUUACAUGAUGCAAUAGCAUCCGGAUAUAAAGUGUGAACUGAGGUUGUUUUGAUCCUCUGCUGCCUAAGUGUGAAUUAUCCAGUCACUAUCACAGGCUGGUCAGACUGCUAUAUGGUUUAGGCUAUAUAUUAUCCCUUCAGCUUCAUAUCAUGUCACUGCAAAUGUUCAUUUUUUAAUUAAGAAUGGGUCUAAAAAUACAAGUUGUGAACUCCAGAGAUGUUCCAUGCCAGUGUAUGUGUGUGUGUGUUGACAUAGAGUUUCCCCACAAAACCCUGGCUAAUGUAAAAAAUAUUCCAGUUGUGACAUGAAAAAUAGAGUCUCAUUUUUGGAAGUGAAGAACUUUAUUUCAGUGAUACCCCUCAAAAAAUGAUAUAGUGGAUUUUUCUGUUCAUUUUAUUUUUGUAUUUUUGUUUUUCAAUAAAGAUGAGUCUUCAGUGUUA